AUGGUAUUUACGUCCCGCGUGUUCAGCUUGCUGCCAUCGAAAGAAGAAACAUGUUAUUUGAAGGUGGUCAAGCAGGCGGCAGCGGAGGCGGGCAAAGCUUUUGACCCAGCAACAGUUGUAGUCGACUUUGAGACAGCCAUUCAUAAUGCUGUAAGACUCUCGUGGCCAAAUGCUAACAUUGUAGGAUGCCGAUUUCACCUAGGCCAAGCGUGGCAGCGCAAAAUUCCGAAACUGGGUCUGUCACCGUCUUUCAAGCGUGAGAAUUCCGAAGUGGGUUUAUGGCUUAAACAGGUGUAUGGCUUGCCAUAUCUUCCACCAUCGGAAGUUGCAGACUAG